GACAGUUUGACUGUUGGUAAGUAUGUGUUGCAGAAGUAUGUGCAAGAUAAAAUCUGUAUUUGUUUAAAAUUUAUAGAAAGAUGGAAAACACGUGUAGUGAUCAUAUUAAAAUCAUCGAAACGCUUAUAAACUUAAAAGUUGGUAAUAAUUUCAAACAGAAUUUUGCAAAAAUUAACUUGCUGAAUAAUAAUCUGGCGGUGAUUAAAUGCACAAUUUGUGAUAGUGAAAUUGAAAUUAUAACAAGAAGUAUAUCUCCAACUAAUCGACAGUGGAUGGUCGGAAAAUGGCUCACACAUUUAAGAUUGCAUCCACCUUCAAAUGGUAUUAGAAAUUAUGCGUGCUGUGGAAGGGAUAUAAUGUAAAUUCUUCUUUCAGAACCCUCAUUACACAGUGAUACAUGCUAUGAUACUGAAGAUGAACUGGAUAACUAUUUGAUUCAUUCUUCUCGUUCGGCGGAUCGUUCUAAUGAAAAAAAAGUUGCUAUAAGUCGAUCUCAAAAACGCAAUAUUAAGAUGACGACAGCAGCUGUGAACGACACUAGGCAAACAAAAAUAUCAAAAUAUUUCCAAUCGUACAAGUCAUUGGGAAACAGAACUGAAUCAAAUAUUGAUAAUGAAAUGAGACCAGUGUAUAUUUCUUCAUCUUUACCCUCUCUUGGGCCUUUCAACAAUGCACAUUUUACUGAUCUGGAAUCCGGGAUAAAUAACUUACCAAUGCUUUUGAACGUAAUCGAAAAACUGCCCCUCACAUUGAUGAUGAAACAAUUAGUCAAGGAAACCGUUACCAAUACUUUAAAAAAUAUUGUGAAAAAUAAAGCAGCGAAAGGUGUGCGAUAUAUGAUGGAGACAAAGCAUAUUGGGGCCUACCUUUAUCUCUUAGGUGGCCGAAAGGAUUACGAGGAACUUGUCGUGAAUCUAGGACUGCCUUCGGUUUGUACUGUAAUGCGACAUAUUAGAAAAUCGUGCGAUAAAAUACUAGAAGGAAAACUGCGAGUCAAGGAAUUGGUUCAAUUUCUACAAACUCAUAACUUUCCAAAAGUCAUUUUCAUAUCAGAGGACGGUACAAAAAUUAAUCCGAGAAUACGUUACGAUAUCGAAAGAGAUCAAAUAGUUGGAUUUUGUCCAAAUUUGAAUGAAAAUGGGAUGCCUCUAAUCGACUCUUUCAGUGCUACAUCACCAAAUGUAAUACAAGAGUAUUUCAAAAAUUUUGAUAAAAGUACUAUUGUGUAUGUUAUUCUUGCAACACCACUCGCAUUGAAAACACUUUCCUUCAACUUGCUUUCUUUUGGAACUAACAACAGAUUUUCAAUAGAAGAGGUAUUACUUCGAUGGGGCAUAAUAGAACGAGAACUAACGGCAGCUGGAAUAACGGUUGUAGGAUAUGGAGCAGAUGGCGAUAAUCGUUUAAUCGGUAGCAUGAAAAUUCGCAUGGGGCUACCUAGAUCUAUUUCAAUCGUUCCUUUAGAAGUUCCAAGCGUUUGGAAAUCAUGGUAUGCAGCUAGAGGACGAAUAUCUGAUAUUUAUAUACAAGACAGCACACAUAUAAUAAACAAAAUGAAAAAUUGUUUGCUUUCAUCAACAAGAGCUCUACAAAUUGGUAAAUUCCCAGCGUCGCGUGGUCAUUUAAUAGCCAUAGCUAAAGAUGGCAAAGAAAACACCGGACUGGCAGAAUCUGAUUUAGAACAGCACGACAAAAUGUCUGUUAAAAGUUUUCAUAAAAUAAUCGAUCCCCGAGUCAACGAAUGGUUGAAUAAAUAUCCUGGAACUAAUGCUACAGUGGCCUUUAUCACUAUCAUGAGACUUGUAUAUGACUCUUACGAGCACCUCUCUUUAUCACCGUUGGAAAGAAUAAAAGCAAUAUGGUGUGCAACGUUUUUCAUACGAGUGUGGCAUCGCUGGGUGCAAAAAUGCAAUAAUUUAAAACUGGAAGAGCAUUUUUUGACCGAUAAUGUAGAACUAGGAAUAGAGUUAAAUGCACACGCGUUAAUCAACUAUUUACUGUUUUGUCGAAAAUUGAACCGAUCAGAACUAUUGCUUUCAACGCUAUUGAAUUCUCAGCACAACGAACGUUCUUUUGCCAACGCACGAUCGAUGACAGGAGUUCAAAACACUGUGAUCAAUUUUGAUAUGCUUGAAUACUUGAAUAAAGCGACACGUUUUGAAUAUUUGGAUGAGCUACGAAGAAAACUCGACGGAAAAAUUUCGUUCGCAAGGGAAAAUUACAGAACAGUUGAGUUUGAAAAUUUUGAAUUUCCGACAAACUUUACGAUUUAUGAAGCAGUGUAUGCUGCAAAACUUGAUGCCCAAAAGUUGCUUAAAUCAGUCGGCUUAAAAUGGAAAGCUACUGAUUUUGAAUGUGCUCUAAGAUCACCGACUCGAAACAUCGUUCUUCCAUUGACUGAAUUUAAUGUGUUUAAAGAAAAUCAAGAAUCACAAUUAGAAGGAUCGUCACAAGUUAUAAAUGAAUCGAAUGAUAUUGACAAUGGUGUAAUAUUUGAAGCACGCGCUCUUUUAAGUAGCCUUGAUUCGGAUAUACGUAAGAUAUCGAAACCAGUGAACGACGUUGGGGGACAAAUAGCACCGAAAGGGUUUUUCACGAUCGUUACUACAUCAGGAAAAAUAAUGUUGGCACGCAAAGUGACUGUCUUAUGGCUGCUGUCAAGUAAUACGACUAGAAUCAGUAACGAUAGAUUACUACGAUAUCGACCAUACAAUACUGCACAAAACAAUCCGGUCUUGAAAAAUGAAAAUAAGGUUCAAGAUAACCUAUCCAUAGGAGAAUGGUUUAUAUAUUUGGAUGGAAAACUCAAAAUAGUAGCCCAAUCAUUAGGUUUUAUGUUUUUACAGGGAAAGUCCAAACGCGAAAAAGAGUGCUCAUUGAAAACUGUGCCUAUUAUACCGCCUGAUGGAUUAAUAAAUCCAAGAGGCAUAGGUGUAGUGUGUUGCAAGUUUUCCUAUUCAGCAGAUGGUAAAUUGUAUGUCGUUUCAGAUGCUGCUAAAAUUAAUAUAGAUCGUUAUGUAAGCCAUAUCGAGAAACCAACUUUGAACGAUUUCAAGUUAACUACUAGUUGUAUUCUAUACAUAUCAAACCUGUAAAAUAAAAUAUAUUUCAAUUCCAUAACAUUGAUUAGAAAAAAAUUAAC